AGCUCUUCAACGGCUCCCAGAGCUCCAUUUUCAUUUUCAAAUUCAAAAUUGAAAACCCCACGCUUCGCAGUUUAGCAAUGGCGAACACCGAUGCCUUCCAAACUACACCAACCAAAACACCAACAUCUGAGAGGCCUCCAGCCACAUCUUCCAAUUCUAAGAAACACCACCACCGCCACCACCACGAAGUUCCCUCCGCUUCUGAAAUGAGGAACCGAUUCGAAGCCUAUAAUCGGCUGCAGGCAGCUGCGGUCGCCUUCGGAGAGAAAUUGCCGAUUCCGGAGAUUGUUGCCAUUGGUGGCCAAUCCGAUGGCAAGAGCUCUCUCCUCGAAGCCCUACUCGGAUUCCGGUUCAAUAUCCGGGAAGUUGAAAUGGGCACCCGACGCCCUCUUAUUCUGCAGAUGGUCCAUGAUCCAACUUCUUUGGAGCCUCGAUGUCGCUUUCAGGAGGAGGAUUCUGAAGACUAUGGGAGUCCCAUCAUUUCACCGUCUGUAAUUGCUGAUACCAUAAAGUCAAGGACCGAAAUUCUAUUAAAAAGAACUAAGUCUGCAGUGUCUUCAAAACCCAUUGUCAUGAGAGCAGAGUAUGCACAUUGUCCUAACCUUACCAUCAUUGAUACACCGGGCUUUGUUCUAAAGGCAAAGAAGGGUGAACCUGAUAACACGCCUGAUGAGAUCCUAUCAAUGGUGAAGUCGCUGGCUAGUCCACCUCACCGUAUUCUUUUGUUCCUUCAACAGAGCAGUGUGGAGUGGUGUUCUUCUCUUUGGUUGGAUGUUCUUCGUGAAAUUGAUCCAACUUUUAGGAGGACGGUCAUUGUUGUCUCAAAAUUUGAUAACAGACUCAAGGAGUUUAGUGACCGGUGGGAAGUUGAUCGCUAUUUGAGUGCAAGUGGGUACCUUGGAGAAAAUACUCGUCCGUAUUUUGUGGCCCUACCUAAAGAUCGAAGUGCAGUGUCAAAUGAUGAAUUCCGUAGGCAAAUCUCUCAGGUUGAUGCAGAAAUAUUACGAUAUCUGCGUGAUUCUGUUAAGGGGGGUUUUGAUGAAGAGAAAUAUAGGUCCUACAUUGGAUUUGGUUCUCUCAGAGAUUAUUUAGAAACUGAGCUCCAGAGAAGAUACAAGGAAGCUACUCCAGCAACAUUGGCCCUGCUUGAACAGCGGUGCAGUGAAGUAACUGCUGAUUUGUCCAGAAUGGACAGCAAAAUACAGGCAACUUCGGAUGUUGCACAUCUUCGAAGAUCCUCCUUGCUGCAUGCUGCUGCUUUAUGUAAUCAUGUGGGUGCACUUAUCGAAGGAGCAGCUGACCCUGCUCCCGAGCAAUGGGGAAGAACGACUGAAGAGGAACGGUCAGAGAGUGGUAUUGGUAGUUGGCCUGGUGUUUCAGCAGAUAUUAGACCUCCAAAUGCAACACUUCGCCUUUAUGGAGGUGCAGCUUUUGAGAGAGUGAUGCAUGAAUUUCGAUGUGCUACAUAUUCAAUUGCUUGCCCCACCAUUUCAAGGGAGAAGGUAGCAAAUAUUUUACUUGCUCAUGCUGGUCGAGGCGGUAGUAGAGGGGUUACAGAUGCGGCUGCAGAGAUUGCAAGAGCUGCGGCACGCUCUUGGCUUUCUCCUCUUCUUGAUACAGCAUGUGAUCGCAUAUCAUUUGUUUUGGGAAACCUCUUUGAACUUGCCAUUGAAAGAAAUCGAAGAUGUGAUUCACAUUGGCCUAUGAAACUGAUGUGCGACAAUCAAGCAGCCUUGCAUAUUGCAUCCAAUCCCGUCUUUCAUGAGAGAACAAAACACAUCGAGAUCGAUUGUCAUUUUGUUCGUGAAAAGAUUGUAUCCGGAGAAAUUGUUACCUCUUUUGUGGGUACAAAUGAUCAGUUGGCUGACAUCUUCACCAAAGCUUUAAGAGAAGCCGAUACCGCUACUGCUGUUGUCCUCGUCUCGCAAAAAGAAGCCGAUACCGCUACUGCUGUUGUCCUCGUCGGAUUUGCUGCGUCGCCUACCGCUACUGCUGUUGUCCUCGUCGGAUUUGCUGCGUCGCCGGAGGUGGUGGCGGUCAUGUACUGUGGCGAUGGGCGAACGCCGGAGGUGGUGGCGGUCAUACAAAACCAUAUGCUCUCCCCCAUUUCAAGCCUCCAUGCGUGA